CCAAAACUAAGAUUAUUUUUCUUUUUCUUUCUUCAUAUCAAAACCAACACAAAAAGAUCAAGAAAACUAAAAAAAUUUAAAUGGACAAGGAAAAACCAAGCAAGCCAAAGAAGAACAUGAUCUUGAAGUUUUUGCCAAAAGCAGCAGCUGCAACAGUUAUAUUCCAAAAUCACCCUUUUAGUCCAGGUAGAGAAAAAAGAUUUCAUCAUAAUCACAAAGGAUUUUCUGGUCCAAUUAUAUCAAUAAUCCCAGCUGAAGCCAGAAAUAGAAAAUCAAAUAGUGAAACAAAUCAAGAACCAACAUCACCAAAAGUUUCUUGCAUUGGUCAGAUCAAACAGAGGAAGAACAUCAAUAAAAUGAAGAAAAAAGAAUUCCCCAAACAACUUGAAAAAAUUCCGAGCAAGAAGAAGAAGAAACCAUCAAGCUCCAAUUUUAGAAAUAUAUUUCAAAGACGACGAAAAUCUGAUGAUAAUAAUAAUAAUAAUACAAGUAGUAUUAUUAUUACUAGUGAUCUAGAAAACAGAGCACCCUGUUUGAGUCAUAUGAGGAAAUAUGCUAGUGGUCGUGAAGGUAAUUUGUCGAAUUUCGACUGGAAAAAAGUGCAAAUUACACCUGAUGAUCAUAGGAAAUAUUAUUCCGAUGAUGAUAGAGAUGAUUAUCGCGAUGAAGACGAACAAGAUGAAGAAGAAGAGGAGGAGGUAAUUAUUCCAUUUUCAGCUCCAAUUUUAGUAGGAAGAGAUAAUAGACCAAAUUUUCCUUUGGAACCAAAGAAGGAAAUUAAUUUAUGGAAAAGGAGAACUAUGACAAAACCAAAUCCUCUUCAAUUGAAAAAAUAAAGUUUGUUUAGUUGAUUUGGUCUUCUUGAUUCGUUUCAGCUUAUAAUUAGUUUACAGAUGAUCAUGUUGUAAACUACGUUGCUUGAAUCUGAUACGGAUGCUGCUAUAUUUUCGAAGAAUUCAAGUAAUAUAGUUUAGUUUUACAUGUCUUAUUUUCUUGAAAUUAUGUAUAUAUUCAUGUUAUGAUUAAAGCUUAUGCUUGUUGAUUCA